AAUUAAUGAUAUUGGUAGUUUGAUUAAAACUGAAAUAGUCAGAUGCAUUUUGCAGUACGCAAAACGGAGAGACAAAUAAAUAAAUGUUUAAGAUUGAGGUCGAUGAUGUUGAUGAAAUCAAAUCAUCAUACCAUUUAUUUGUAAUUUCCACAUACACAUUAAAUAAUUGGAAAUAAAUAUCGCAUACAAAUCCUUAUCUGUUUACAAAACCAUAAUUGUGAUGCCACUAUAAUUUCAUAGAACAAUAGCUUCAAAAUAAAAUAUAAAAAUGAUCGAACUUUCAGCAAAGUUAACGACUGGGACUGUUUAUUUGGCUGGCGAAGCCUUGGAAUGCUGUAUAUCAUUUUGUUACACCGCUCAACCAGAGCACAGGAAUUCACAAAGCCACUAUGAUGCUUUAGAAAACUUAGCAUGGGCUUCAGCUCAGAUCCACUGCUUCUAUUCCACGUCCAAGAAUACAGGAGACAAGACUCCAACUAUAGGGAAGACCACCUCUUUGGAAGUUACCUCUUGUGAUAUAGGAGAUGUUAUAUUCCAUACAAAACCUAAGAUUCUAUUCUGUGAUUUGACUAUUCCUUUGGGUGAAACUAAAACUUUCUGGUACAGAGAAUCACUGCCAAUUGAAGCCCCACCUUCAUACAGAGGGACAUCAGUCAAAUACUCCUACAAGAUCACAAUAGCUACACAGAAAGUUGGAUCCCACAUCAAAAUGGUCCGGAUACCAUUCCGGGUGUUACCAAUCAGUCCUAUAAUGAACAUGCAGGAUUUGGCAGCUUUGUGUGGAAAUGAAACCACUGAGGAACUGCAGCCAACCAACCCUUUCUCCGAAGAAAGGAAGGUUGAAACACCUUUGACUAUGGCUUUGCAAGUUUUACAGAAUCUCACAGCCAGAAGAAGUCCAAACUCUUACAUGAUAACAAACACCAGAGGUAAAGUGGGCCGGUUCUGUCUCUUCAAGUCAGCUUACAAGCUGGGUGAGGACAUUGUGGGCACAUUCGACUUCUCUGUGGGCACAGUCACUUGUAUGCAGGUAUCAGUAUCUUUGCAACCAGAAGAGGUGAUCAAAUCAAAGUCUCCAUCUAAAAAUAUGAACAAAGAGACCAGUAGCAGAUCUAUGACAGUGGCAAGAUACCAUGAAGUAACUCUAGGAUUGACACAGUCACAGUUGAUACUACCGAUACCUUUGCACAUUACUCCAGCAUUCGAAGUUGAUGAUGUAUCCCUAAGUUGGAGACUCCAUUUCGAGUUUGUGACAACCAAUGAGAAGCUCUUGCCUAACCCAGAAGAGAAGGAUUGGACUGCUCCCCUGAAUGUACCCAUAGAGACCAUGGUCUGGAACCUGCCAGUCAAGAUCUAUUCCACCUUACCCAAGCAGAUCACACAGCAUUCAGUUGGGAAUGAUGCAUAUACCAUGUUCAUAAAAUAGAACUAGUGGAAAUUAGAUAAGUAUAAUUUGUAUUAUGAAUUAGUGUAAUUUAGUUCAUUCCAGUAUCUUUGUGUUUUUUUUUUAUAACUUUAUUGUACACCAUUAAUAAUACAGUACAUACAGAAAAGGAAAUGACAAAA